ACGUAUGCAUUAAAUUACAUACAUAGUGUUACGCACACUGUGUGGACGGUGUGCAUCUUUUUCACGUAAAUGUAAAUUUAUUGAUAGUGUAAUACAUACAGAAUGGGUAUAUUAGAGAAAAUAUCAGAAAUCGAAAAAGAAAUUGCUAGGACUCAGAAAAAUAAAGCCACCGAGUAUCAUCUAGGAUUAUUAAAAGCAAAACUUGCAAAGUAUAGGUCACAACUUUUGGAGCCAGGAAAGAAAUCUGAGAAAGGGGAAGGAUUCGAUGUACUAAAGUCAGGAGAUGCUAGAGUAGCCUUAAUAGGUUUUCCAUCAGUAGGAAAGUCUACUUUGUUAAGCACACUCACCCAUACAGAAUCAGAAGCAGCAUCUUACGAAUUCACUACAUUGACCUGCAUUCCUGGUGUAAUAGAAUAUAAAGGAGCUAAUAUUCAACUCCUUGAUCUUCCUGGUAUAAUUGAGGGUGCAGCACAGGGCAAAGGAAGAGGCAGACAGGUGAUUGCUGUUGCUAGAACAGCAGACUUAGUUCUUAUGAUGCUGGAUGCAACCAAGCAAGAUGUACAAAGGCAACUAUUAGAGAAAGAAUUAGAAUCAGUUGGCAUUCGGUUAAAUAAAAAGAAACCAAACAUUUAUUUUAAAGUGAAGAAGGGAGGUGGAUUAGCCUUCAAUUCAACGUGUCCAUUAACAAAAGUAGAUGAGAAAUUAGUUCAAAUGAUUCUGCAUGAAUACAAGAUCUUCAACGCGGAAGUCUUGUUUCGUGAAGAUUGUACCGCGGAUGAGUUAAUCGACGUAAUUAACGCUAACAGAGUAUAUUUGCCAUGCCUCUAUGUACAUAACAAAAUAGAUCAAAUAUCGAUAGAAGAAGUGGACAGAAUUGCUAGACAACCUAAUAGUGCAGUAGUUAGUUGUAAUAUGAAAUUGAAUCUGGAUUUCUUACUUGAAACACUCUGGGAAUAUCUAUCUUUGAUAAGGGUAUAUACGAAAAAACCUGGUCAACCACCAGACUUUGACGAUGGCUUAAUAUUACGAAAAGGUGUUACUGUGGAGCAUGUUUGCCAUGCUAUUCAUCGCACACUUGCUCAACAAUUUAAAUAUGCUCUUGUUUGGGUAAGUUAUUCGCUUAUUAAACAACAAAUAUUAAUAUUCUAUUCCUUAGGUAAAAUAUUAUUUUCUUUUUUUCAGGGUACAAGUACAAAAUAUUCACCUCAGAGAGUAGGAUUGCAACAUGUCAUGCAUGACGAAGAUGUCAUUCAAGUAGUUAAAAAAUAAAUCUUGCAAUGUUACAUAUAUGAUCUACAAAUGA